AGCCAGCCUGCGGAGACUCCCGGGUCCCCGCGCGGGACUGGGGUUGGGGGCGGACAGCCCAGCGGACCUGGACGGCGCUCCAGCCGACCCCGGGCGUUACUAUGAAAGCGCCGCGGAGCGCUUGAGGAGGAUGCGGCAGCAGGCGCCGCGGCGGGAGGAGGAGUAGGUGGUGGUGCCCUCGGGAGGGAGCCGCGCACGGGCCAGAAGGCUCCCGGAGGCUCCGCAGUGUCGCCGCCGUCACCCGGGAGGCUCCGCACGGGAGCCAUGUAACCCUGCGGCGGGCUCCGGGCUGCUCCGUCCUUCCCCAGCACCCGGGCUAGCGCGGCAGCGGGGCCACGAUGAAGAAGCAGUUCAAUCGCAUGCGCCAGCUGGCCAACCAGACGGUGGGCAGGGCAGAAAAGACUGAAGUUCUGAGUGAAGACCUUCUUCAGGUGGAGAAGCGCCUGGAGCUGGUGAAGCAGGUGUCCCACAGCACGCACAAGAAGCUCACGGCCUGUCUGCAGGGCCAGCAGGGGGCCGAGGCCGACAAGCGCUCCAAAAAAUUGCCUUUGACAACGCUGGCUCAGUGUUUGAUGGAAGGGUCAGCCAUCCUGGGAGAUGACACACUUCUUGGAAAGAUGCUGAAACUCUGUGGAGAGACAGAGGACAAGCUAGCCCAGGAGCUGAUUCAUUUUGAAUUGCAAGUGGAGAGAGAUGUUAUCGAGCCCCUGUUUUUGCUGGCUGAGGUGGAAAUCCCAAAUAUUCAAAAGCAGAGAAAACAUUUAGCAAAGUUGGUACUGGACAUGGAUUCUUCACGAACCAGGUGGCAGCAGACUUCCAAGUCUUCAGGUUUGUCCAGCAGCUUACAGCCUGCGGGUGCCAAAGCUGAUGCCCUCAGGGAAGAAAUGGAGGAGGCUGCCAACAGAGUGGAGAUUUGCAGGGACCAGCUCUCAGCUGACAUGUACAGUUUUGUGGCCAAAGAAAUUGACUAUGCAAACUACUUCCAAACGCUAAUAGAAGUGCAAGCUGAGUACCACAGGAAGUCCCUGGCACUCCUGCAGGCUGUGCUGCCGCAGAUAAAAGCACAACAGGAGGCCUGGGUGGAGAAGCCUUCCUUCGGGAAGCCCCUGGAGGAGCACCUCGUGAUCAGCGGCCGGGAGAUCGCCUUCCCCGUGGAGGCGUGCGUGACGAUGCUGCUGGAGUGCGGGAUGCAGGAGGAGGGACUCUUCCGAGUAGCUCCGUCUGCCUCGAAGCUGAAGAAGCUGAAGGCCGCCCUGGACUGCUGCGUGGUGGACGUGCAGGAGUACUCAGCAGACCCCCAUGCGGUCGCAGGAGCUUUGAAAUCUUACCUCCGAGAGCUGCCAGAACCUCUCAUGACCUUCGAACUCUAUGACGAGUGGAUUCAGGCUUCCAACAUCCAGGAGCAAGACAAGAGGCUUCAGGCUCUGUGGAACGCUUGUGAAAAAUUGCCCAAGGCCAACCACAACAACAUCCGGUACUUGAUCAAAUUCUUAUCCAAGCUAUCAGAAUAUCAAGAUGUAAACAAGAUGACUCCCAGUAACAUAGCAAUUGUGUUAGGACCCAACCUCCUAUGGCCACAAGCAGAAGGGAACAUCACGGAGAUGAUGACCACAGUUUCCCUGCAGAUUGUUGGGAUCAUCGAACCCAUCAUCCAGCACGCAGACUGGUUCUUCCCCGGGGAGAUCGAGUUCAACAUCACAGGGAACUACGGGAGUCCGGUGCAUGUGAACCACAACGCCAACUACAGCUCCAUGCCCUCCCCAGACAUGGACCCCGCCGACCGGCGCCAGACGGAGCAGGCCCGCCGGCCCCUCAGUGUUGCCACGGAUAACAUGAUGCUGGAGUUUUACAAAAAGGAUGGCAUGGGCGUGAGGGUGAUGGAUACGUCCUGGGUGGCGCGAAGAGGCUCCUCGGCAGGCCGGAAAGGGUCGUGUGCCCCGCCCUCCACGCAUCCCCCCGCCCCUCCCGAAGAGCUGGCAGCGCCUCUGCCCUCACCGCUCCUGGAGCAGCCCCCCGAUGACCCCGCGGUGCCCUCGCUUUCUCCAUCCGGCUUGGGCCUCCAGCCUGGGGCUGAGCGGACCAGCGCUUCUAAAAGCAAGGAACUUUCUCCGGGAUCUGGGCAGAAGGGAAGUCCGGGUUCCAGCCAGGGGGCACCCUGUGCGGGGACGCAACCAGGGACACAACCAGGCACCAGCCCUAGCCAGCCGCCUGCAGACCAGAGCCCUCACACCCUGCGGAAAGUUUCCAAGAAGCUGGCACCAAUUCCACCCAAGGUCCCCUUUGGCCAGCCGGGCGCUGUGACUGAGCAGUCCACCGGCCAGCCGUGCCCGCUCAGCCUGUCUCCCACGCCACCGAGCACCCCGUCACCCUACGGACUGAGUUACCCUCCAGGGUACCCCCUGGCCUCGGGCCAGCUCUCCCCGGCUGCCGCAGCGCCCCCUCUGGCCUCUCCUUCCAGCUUCGUGAGCACUUUAACCAAAUCGCGGCCCACCCCUAAGCCCCGGCAGAGACCCACCCUGCCGCCGCCUCAGCCCCCCACAGGGAGCCUCUCCGCCUCCAGUCCGCAGUCCACGGAGCACCCCGUGCUCGACGGCAUGUCCCCCGGGGAAAGCAUGUCUACAGCUGUGUGACAUGAGUGCCGCAGUGUCGGAUACGUGUGAGGGGAUGUUCAGGAUCUCGCCCACUUCGAAGUCCCCUCCAUCCACGUAGAGCUUGGGUCGACGCUCCGCCUGAGCCCCCUGGAGCAGGUGCGGCGCCGCUCGGAGACGGGGAAGAGGGACUCGGAGGAGGAGUCUGAGAGCACCGCCCUUUGACACGCGUGUACGUACGCGGGCCCAGGAACACCGCGCAGAGCGCCCUGGGCCUGCCCGGUGUGCUCCGCGGGCUCUGCUCUAACUGCCAACGCAGGCUGGACUUCUGCAGAGAACUGUCCCCUCCGGCCGGAGCGGCAGACGUCGGUGGUGCAGAUUUUGUUCGUUCCCCUCGGGUGGUGACUUUGGCCUUUUGUUUGAUAUUUGCCUUUUGACUUUGUGCCUAUUUGACCCACUUUCAGCCUCCAUGCCAAGCGCAGCCCUCUCCACCCAAGGGCUUCCUGUCGGGAGUGUGCUCUGCAGGGUGGGGUGUGGAGGAGGGUCGAGUCGUUGGGUGAGACCUGGGGCUGCCGCCUGUGCUGGUAGUGAAAUCAAGUCCUCCCAGCGUCAGCCGAGUGGCCCCGGAAGGGCCGGGGCAGCGGGCCCUUUGCGUGCAGGUGCCAGAGCGGGAGUUCGGAGUUCGGGGACACUGGCCUGGUGCACAGGGGAGGCUGCCCUGAACCCUUGGGCUCUGAAGUAAAUGGCUUAACACAAAUCUGUUCACUUCCUAAGUUUUAUUUUUCCACACUGUGGGAGUGAACACUCCCAUUUCUACCUUAUUGUUUCAUACUCUGAAUUUAAAGUGAUGUU